AAAUUUAACAAAACUAUACAUACAUGAUCCAAUUCUUAAAAUUACUUCAUUUGUAUUUUCAAGAUAAAAUCUGAUUAAAAUUUGAAAAAUACCCUUUUGAUCUCUAUCCUUUUUAAGUUGGAAGUUUGGAAGCAUGAUUUGUUGUUGAAGAGAAAAGAUAAAGAGGUUUUUUGAUUGCUGGGGGAGAUGAAGAGGUCCAGAGACGACGUCUACAUCUCUUCUCAACUUAAGAGACCUAUGGUUUCUUCUCGAGGGGAAACGUCUGGGCAACCCCAAAUGAUGGGAGGAGGAGGAGGUGCUGCACAGAAACUAACAACAAACGAUGCCUUGGCAUAUCUCAAGAGAGUUAAGGAAAUAUUUCAAGAUAAAAGGGAAAAAUACGAUGACUUUCUUGAAGUAAUGAAAGAUUUUAAGGCUCAAAGAGUUGAUACUGCAGGUGUCAUAGCAAGGGUUAAGGAACUGUUUAAAGGGAAUCAAGAUCUGAUUUUGGGUUUCAAUACCUUUUUGCCAAAGGGAUAUGAAAUCACCCUCCCAUUUGAGGAUGAACAACCUCCACAAAAGAAGCCUGUUGAAUUUGAAGAAGCUAUUAAUUUUGUGAACAAGAUUAAGACAAGGUUUCAAGGUGAUGACCGUGUUUAUAAGUCAUUUUUAGACAUUUUGAACAUGUACAGAAAGGAAAACAAGUCCAUCACUGAAGUCUACCAGGAGGUUGCCUUGCUUUUCCAAGACCACUCAGAUCUACUUAAGGAAUUCACUCACUUUCUGCCGGAUUCCUCAGCAACAGCCUCUACUCAUUAUGUGCCCUCUGGUAGAACAUCUAUACCACAAGACCAUGGAUCUGCUGUGCCUACAAUGCGGCCAUUGCAAGCUGAAAAGAAAGAAAGGGCUACAGUUUCCCAUGCUGACCAUGACCUCAGUGCUGAACGUCCUCAUCCGGACCAUGAUAGGCUCAUGAUGAAAUUAGUCAAAGAGCAAAGGAGGCGUGGUGAAGAUAGGAAGGAGAGAGAACAGGAUGAUCAAGACUUUGAGCGUGAUGGCAACAGAGACAUGCAACAGUUUCCAUUCAAAACAAAAAGGUUUGUAGAUUCGGCUGUUGAGCAGUUGCAUCAAAGUGGUGAAGGUGAUGAAAACUUUGGAAUGCGUGCUUCUCAUGAUGAUAAAAAUGCUGUCAAAAGUAUGUAUAGUCAGGAGCUUGCUUUCUGUGAAAGAGUGAAGGAGAAGUUGCAAAGUCCUGAUCAUUAUCAGGAAUUCCUGAGGUGCCUUCAUCUCUAUAGCAAUGAAGUAAUAACAAGAUCACAAUUGCAAUCUUUGGUGAGUGAUUUGCUGGGAAAAUAUUCAGAUCUUAUGGAUGCAUUCAAUGAAUUUUUGGUGCGAUGUGAGAAGAAUGAGGGAUUACUUGCUGGCUUUGUGAGUAAAAAGUCCUUGUGGAACGAAGGGCAUUUACCCAGAUCAGUGAAGGCAGAGGAUAGAGAUCGAGAUCGUGAAAAAGAUGAUGAUAUAAAAGAUAGAGACCUUGAAAUUCGAGAAAGGGAUAGGCUUGAUAGAGGCUCCUUUGGAAAUAAAGAUGUAGGAAGUCACAAGAUUUCUUUGUUUUCUAGCAAGGCGAAACCCAUUAAUGAACUUGACCUCUCUAAUUGUGAACAAUGUACUCCAAGUUAUCGGCUUCUCCCAAAAAAUUAUCCAACACCUAUUGCAAGCCAAAGAACAGAGCUUGGUGCUGAAGUACUCAAUGAUCAUUGGGUAUCUGUCACUUCAGGAAGUGAGGACUACUCCUUCAAACACAUGCGUAAGAACCAAUAUGAAGAAAGCCUGUUUCGAUGUGAAGAUGAUAGGUUUGAGCUUGACAUGUUGUUAGAGUCAGUGAAUGUAACAACCAAGCAAGUGGAAGAACUUUUGGAAAAGAUUAACAAUAAUACAAUCAAAGUAGACUGUCCAAUUCAUAUCGAGGACCACUUCACAGCUCUCAAUCUAAGGUGCAUUGAGCGUUUGUAUGGUGACCAUGGACUUGAUGUAAUGGAUGUAUUAAGAAAGAAUGCUCCUUUAGCAUUGCCAGUUAUAUUAACCCGCUUGAAGCAGAAACAAGAGGAAUGGGCAAGGUGUCGGGCUGAUUUUAAUAAAGUUUGGGCUGAAAUUUAUUCUAAGAACUACCAUAAGUCACUUGAUCAUCGUAGCUUCUAUUUCAAGCAACAAGAUUCAAAGAACCUGAGCACAAAAGCCUUAUUGGCAGAGAUAAAAGAAAUCAGUGAAAAGAAGCGCAAAGAAGAUGAUGUGCUUCUUUCUAUAGCGGCUGGAAACAGACGGCCUAUUAUUCCAAAUAUGGAGUUUGAGUACACUGAUCCUGAAAUUCAUGAAGAUUUGUAUCAGCUCAUCAAAUAUUCUUGUGGAGAAAUGUGUACUACCGAACAGUUGGAUAAAGUGAUGAAAAUAUGGACUACAUUCUUGGAACCUGUGCUUGGUCUUCCUUCUCGACCUCAGGGUGCAGAGGACACUGAAGAUGUUGUGAAGGCUAAGAACAAAAAUGGUUCUUCUACCUUUGGUGAGAGUGAGGGAAGCCAUGGUGGUGGUGCUACUGUUGUGAAUUCCAAACAUUCAAAUCCUUGCAAAAAUGGAGAUGAAAGCAUCCAACCUGAGCAAUCAAGUUCUAGCCGGUCUUGGAUGCUGAAUGGAGAUAGUGAGAUUAAAGAAGAUGGCUCUGUUGUUGAUGCAGAUCAUAUUUCUCACAAGACCAAUAACGUGUCUGAUGCUCCUCAGCAAGAUAAAAUUCAAGCAAAUGCAAUAGGGUCCAGCAAACAAGCCAGUUCCGAUGAGCAAUCAAUCAAUCCAAGUGCAUCCCUUGCAGUUGCAGCUGGACUGGAAAAAAUGUCUAUUAACGUAGAAAGUGCUUCAGGUCUUGGUGCGGCAGCUUUGAGACCUUGCGAUGGUCCUGUUGAGGGUGGGCUUGGGCUGAAGUCAAGUAAUGAAAAUUUGCCUACAUUGGAGGGUGGUGAUUGUUCUAGAUCAAUCAUAUCCACAAAUAGGGUGAUGACAGAAGGUGCCAAAAGUGACAGAUGUAAUGAAGAAUCUGCUGGCCAAUUUAAAGUUGAGAGGGAGGAAGGUGAACUGUCUCCAAAUGGAGAUUUUGAGGAAGAUAAUUUUGCGGUUUAUGGAGAAGCUGGUCUGAACACUGUACCCAAAGUGAAGGAUGGUGCUCUAAACAGGCAAUAUAAAAGCCAUGGAGAGGAAGAAAUAUGUGGUGGAGGGGGUGGGGGUGAAAAUGACGCUGAUGCUGAUGAUGAAGGUGAGGAGAGUGCUCAGAGAUCAUCUGAGGAUAGUGAAAAUGCCUCAGAGAAUGUUGAGGUUUCUGGCAGUGAGUCUGGUGAUGGUGAGGAUUGCUCAAGGGAAGAGCAGGAGGAAGAUAUGGACCACGAUGAGAAUGAUAAUAAGGCUGAGAGUGAAGGUGAGGCUGAAGGGAUGGCUGAUGCAAAUGAUGUUGAAGGAGAUGGAACUCUGUUACCCUGUUCUGAACGCUUCCUACUAACCGUGAAGCCACUAGCAAAGCGUGUCCUGCAAGCAUCACAUGACAAAAAAUGGGAUUCUCAGAUUUUUUAUGGAAAUGAUUCGUUUUAUGUGCUUUUUAGGCUUCACCAAACACUAUAUGAGAGAAUUCAAUCAGCGAAGAUCAAUUCAUCAUCUUCAGAUAAAAAAUGGAGGGGCUCAAAUGACCCUAGCCCAACUAAUCUUUAUUCCAGGUUCAUGAGUGCACUUUACAAUUUGCUUGAUGGCUCUUCUGAUAAUACGAAGUUUGAGGAUGACUGCCGAGCUAUUAUUGGAACUCAGUCAUAUGUUCUAUUCACACUGGAUAAGCUGAUAUAUAAACUUGUCAAACAGCUUCAAGCCAUUGCAAGUGAUGAGAUGGACAACAAACUUCUCCAACUAUAUGCGUAUGAGAAAUCUAGAAAGCCUGGAAGAUUUGUUGAUGUUGUUUAUCAUGAAAAUGCACGAGUUCUCCUUUAUGAUGAGAGUAUAUAUCGUAUUGAAUGUUUGUUCACACCAACACGUCUCAGUAUUCAGCUUAUGGACCAUGGGCACGAUAAGCCCGAAGUGACAGCAGUUUCCAUAGACCCUAAUUUUGCAGCUUAUCUGCAUAAUGACUUCCUCUCAGUUGUUCCAGAGGAAAAAGAGAAGGCUGGGAUUUUCCUGAAGCGGUCUAAAUGCAGAUAUGUAGGUGGUGAUGAAUUUUCUGCUACAUGCCAAGCCAUGGAAGGACUUAAAGUGGUCAACGGUUUGGAGUGCAAGAUUGCUUCCAAUUCAUCCAAGGUCUCAUACGUUUUAGAUACAGAAGAUUAUUUAUUUAGGGCAAAAGCAGGGAGACCUUUGCAUCAAAACAGCUCGUCCCAACCUAAAGUUUCAAAUGGCUGUUCAGUCAGACUACGACGGCUACAGCGAUUUCAAAGUUUGGUUGCUGACACAUGAUUAACCUUUUCCUGAUUCUUGCAUGGUCAAAGUGACACUGCAUCAACAUCUCCACUUCAAAUAUCAUUGUUCUCCCAUUGGCAUCAGUAAGCAAGCAGAUGCACAAUUUUCUGGGAUGAGAAUCAACAUCGCCAGAAAUGGAAUCGCUUUUUGAUAAUUUAUCUUCCAAUUAUUCUCAUAUUUGUCUCACGAACCAAAUAAAGAAUUUGAGGAAAGGAAUGCUCGGCAAGAUUGAAAGGUCGAAGAAUAUUGUAAGUUUCUCGGCCCUCCAGCCACAUUUCUGUACAUAGAGGAAUUAUGUGAUGUUAAAACCUGAGGUAUAUGUCCAUUCCAUUCAUCUAUAAAAUUUUUUUUACUAA